GCAGAGGUGCGGAGUUUCUCUGCAAACUCCAUUGCGCUCUCACCUCUUGAUCUCCGCGUUUAUUUGUUUGUGUUUUGUUAUAUAUUAUUUAUAAUAUUCACCAUGGCUGAAAAGGCAGAAAUGCCAGCAGACUCUGUGUCGCUCCCCCCUACAUACGCUCCGUCCGAGGCUUACACCGAAUCGCCUCCGCCGGCAUACCGGAAGGACAAGAGCAAGAUGGUAGCAGGUGGCGCGUAUGGUGUGCAUCACUAUCCUGGCCGCCGCCUUCCUGAUUGGCUUCUUCACCGUCACCUCGCAGUGGAUCAACAAAAGGACGUGCGACUGUGAAAAGGCCGCCCACCACCACCUGCCGGAGCACCUGAGCGCCGCGAGCUUCGCCGGGUUCCCUCGCGUUGAGCCUUUGGUCGGUCUCGACAACGACAAGAUCGACCAGAGAGUCACCAACAGCCUCGACGCCGGAGAUGACACAAGCCUCUCCAAGGUCGACCUCGAGGCUGAGGCCAAGCCGGAGAUCAACAAGGUAGAGCAGAAGGUCGUCGAAGAAAUGAUUCCUCAAGAGAUUGAGGAAGUCGAGGCCGUAGUAGACGAGGUGGUGCACGAGCUGGAGGAGGAGGAGGAGGCCAUGGAGGAGGAGCGCCUCGGCCUCCAGGACAUCAUGCGCGCGCAGAUGGAGGAGAUGAAGAAGAAGAUCAAGCUGCCCAUCGACCUCAUCCUCGGCAACCCCGCUCUGGCCGGCCGCGACGUCAACUGCGAGGUGGAGCGCCGUCAGCAGCCCCUCGGCCCCGGCCUCGUCACGCAGGCGAUCAUCGUCACCUGCCACGACGAGAACGACGCCGAGGAGGAGUCACAGGAGGUCGUCCCCCUCCUGCCCCUCGUCCCCCCGCAGGGCGCCCGCCGCAUCGCCCCUCCUCUUUCCCUCAUCGCCCCCAUCAUGAAGAUGCUGGCCGCCCGCGCCCGCGCACGCUCCGACCGCCCGCAGCCUCAGAUCAUCCAGGCGUCUAACAACAGCCCAUUCCCCUUCCCCUGCUCCCCUAACGGACCCUUCCCCUGCCCCUCCGGCCAGCUCAAGCCCAUCAUCACCAUGAGCGGCCCCAUCAUUCGCAAGGAGAUCGUCAUGAAAGCCCCAGCACCAGUCAUGAAGGCCCCCGGUCCCAUCAGCGGCCCUAUCAGUGGUCCCAUCAACGGUCCCAUCAGCGGUCCCAUCAGCGGUCCUAUCAGUGGUCCCUUUAACGGUCCCAUCAGCGGUCCUAUCAGUGGUCCCUUUAACGGUCCCAUCAGCGGCCCCUUCCCCGGCCCUCGCCCUAGCCCCUUCAGCGGUCCCAUCCCCGGCCCCAUGUCCGGCCCUUUCCCUGGCCCCAUCCGCGGCCCCAUCCGAAUCCCCUUCGGCGGCCCCCUGUCCAGCCGCAUUAGCAGUGGCCCCCUGCCCAUCCAGAGCCGCCGAGACGGCCCCUUCCCCUUCGGCAUGCCCCGGCCCAUCCCCCUGCCCGCCUCCCAGGCCAUCUCCAAGCCCCAGGACGAAGAGGAGGAAGAGCCUCGCCACCGCAUGCUCCCCUUCCCCUUCCGCCCCGCCGUGCGCAUGAGCCCCCGCUUUCUCCCCAUCGUGAACCUCUCCCCCCCCGCCCCCGAGCGUAGGCACCCUCCCGUCCCCAUCUCGUCCCUGCGUCGAGGAGCUGUCAAGAUCGAGGAGCUCCCCAGGCCGUUCCCGGAGGCCAAGGGGCGUGCCCUCUCCUCGCCCGUGCCCCUCAAGUUCCUCCCCGGACGCCUCCUCAACAGCACCCCCUUCCUGAUGACGUCGAAGCGCACGCUGCCCCCCCGCCCCGUCACCCACAUGGAGAUGCAGGCCGAGCCCCAGAAGGACGACCCGAUGCUCCACAUCAAGGACUUCGGGCCCCCGAGGACCCACACUGUCAUCGGCCCUGCUCCCCCCCGCCCCCAGCCCCCCCAGGUCCACCCCCCCCAAACUCAGCCCCCUCAGUUCCAGCCUCCUCAGUUCCAGCCCCCCCAGGUCCAGCCCCCACAGCCCGAGGUGCACCCCCACCCGAGGGUCCUCCCCCUGAGCCACGCCAGCAACAUCCCCAAGGAGAUUAUGUCCCCGCCCGAGCCCAUCGCCCACAUCACGAGGAUGCCGCCCAUCGCCGGGACUCAGAUCCCCAGCUUCCCGCCCCCGCCCCGAUUCCACCCCGAGGGGCGCUCCUCCAGCGUCAGCGAGAUCAACCCCGACGCUGAGAUGGUCGUUGAGGGCCCCGCCUCCCAGGGCCCCCCCUCCUCCUCCAAGGGCCCCGGCGAGCCACGCAAACAUCACCUCCUGAUCCUUAACUAAAUCAGCGUCCUAGAGUGUGUGCGUGUGCGUGUGUGUUUGCCUUUGUGUAGUAAUAAAAAGGUCAGGCUAA